AUGUCCGUGUCAACAAAAAUGUUACAAUACGUAAUCGAUCGAGGGACAGAGUAGAAAGAAAAGAAAGAAAAGAAAAGAGGAAAAAUUGAUUUUCAUUUCAGUCGCAACACGAAUGCAAGGAGCACGGCGAAUCACCGCGUGCCAGCAGCAAGGAUCCCGAGAACGUGUCGUCCUCGGGGCAAACCGCGAAGAUCGCUGCCGAGACUCGCACCGAAUCAUCCGCGGAAUGGAACCUGAGGAACAGUUCCUUGAAGAAGCAGGAGAACACUCCGAUCCGCGACACGAACUCUAUUCUCGAGAAAAUCGCCGAAUUUCACAAGCAUCAACAUGCACGGGGCAGAGACGCGGCAACUGGUUCGCUGCAUCGCACGCUGAGCAUUCAUACGACUGCAAUCGAGCAGACCUACAUGGCCGAAGAAUGUGACGAGAAUGACUAUCAUUUCGAUCUCGAUUCCUACAAACCGGUACAGCCAAUCACGUUCGACCAUGGGGUUGCGUUGUUUCCUGUCGCUGCUCCGCACUCCGGGAUGGAUCUGCACCUUCUGCAG